UUCGCAGAAGAUCGCAUUACGCUUUUGGCGGGCUUUCGUUGUGUUUGUGCAUAGAUUUCUGUCCUAGCAGUCUCAAACACAUGUAAACACAGCAAAUCCGAACAUGUGCAAGUUCGAUGAAAAGUGCAAUCGGGAAUUAUCUAUUACAUUCGCUUAAGAUAGCGACUCACGACGGGACGUUUCAUUGCGAUGACGCCUUGGCUGUGUAUCUCCUCAAGCAGCUGCCGAAAUUCAGAAAUGCCGAAAUUAUCAGAACUCGUGAUCGCGACGUGAUGUUCGAAGCCGAUGCUAGAGUGGACGUUUGUGGAAUCUACGAUACCGAAAAAUGGUGCUUCGACCACCAUCAGCCAAGUUUCAAGCUGACAAUGGCCGACUUACGACCCGGACUCAAGCAAGCCGAUAUUAAACUAAGCUCGGCGGGCUUGGUUUACCACAAUUUCGGCGAAGAAAUUAUUGCGUCUCAAAUGAAGAUCGACUCUGAUGACCCCGCUGUCAAGAAGGUUUGGCGCAAAGUGUACGAGAACUUUAUUCGGGAGGUUGAUGCGAUUGAUAACGGUAUCGAAAUGUGUGAAGGUGAACCUAAAUAUAGAAUAUCAACGGGACUCUCAUCACGCGUCGCACACCUGAAUCCAAGGUGGAACGAGAAUCAAACGCCUGAGGAGCUGUUGCUGCGUUUUCACAAAGCAGUUAAACUCGUGGGGAAAGAGUUCUACCAUAUGGUUGACUUCUAUGCAAAAUCAUGGAUACCCUCUAGGGUUAUUGUUGAGAAGGCGAUCGUUAAUCGCAAAAAGGAGCAUGACACUGGGGAGAUUGCCGUACUUCAUGAGGGUGUGUGUCCGUGGAAGGAUCACCUGUUUGAGAUUGAGGAAGAAUUGGGCAUUAAGGGCGAGAUCAAGUUCGUGGUGUACAGAGACAUCACUAAUUCAUUCCGAGUACAGGCCGUACCCAUAAAGGAAGGUUCCUUCACAAGCAGGAAGGCGCUUCCGUGGAAGGGUAAACGCGAGGAUGACUUGAAUCAAGCAGUGGGUAUUAAAGGUUGCAUCUUUGUCCACAAUAGCGGUUUUAUUGGUGGACAUCAGACCCUUGAAGGAGCUUUGAUAAUGGCAAAAAAAGCUCUUCUGACUUCAAAUGCAAACGGCAAUGGAAAAAAGGCAUCUUCUUAAGGACACACAUCCCGUCAACUACUGCAGACACCACAGCAACUUUCUAUUUAUCCAUAUGUUUUAGUGGAGUUCGACGGAGCAUAAAUAUAUACGGCGAGCUCUUUUCUCGAGCAAGUACAUAACGUUGAUUGACAUAGAGUAUCCUCUUGAAAUACAGUAUAUUUAUAGAUGGUAUUACAGUUUACACACAGGCAUCAUACAAUAUUUCUGACCCCCUGUGAGAACAAAUGCUAGAUCUAAAGAAAAGAUGUUGUGCCACUGACAUGAAUGUACGGAAAUCGAUUUUUUCUUUUUUGCUGUUUAUCUAGAAUAACUUUUCAAAGUUUGAUUGUAUGAUAAAGUUUAUGGUUAGCGUGUUCAUGUGUAUACAGUUUAACUUAUACCUUCAACUGUGUUAAUAUUGGUAUGCAUAUAUAAAGUGACUAUAAAAAGCAUUUUGAAUAGGU